GAAACAAUUUGCUUGUAAAGAGUUUAAGAAUGAUUUAUUUUUGAGAUAACAAUAAUAUCAAAUGUAUUGGCUUUAUUGAACAGUGAUCGUGAAAAAAAUAAUUUAUUAGUUUGGAAAAGUUUAUUUUUGGAUACAGAUAGUAAUGAGAGAGACGAUAAAAAUGUUGAAAAUAAAUGCAGUGAAUCGAUAAUACAUCCGAUGCAUAUAAUCGGUGGUUUAUCAUCAUCGGCAUUUUUUAUGAAAGCGAUAAACGAUGUUUUUACAAGUCCCUCGAUGUUAAACUCAACUAAACGUGAAGUGAUCAGUUCGUAUUUACCCAAUGAUGUCAAUCCGCGUUACCAGCGAACAUCAACAAGCUCAUCGAUUAUUAAUGAUUCGCAUACAAAUCAUGGCACAAGACUGGGAGAUGUAAUUAGAAAAGUGUAUGAGACCAGUACCAUACCCAGCCACAACUUCAUCAAUAACGUUAGCCUCAACAGAAGAAGAAAAUAAUGCCAUCGAUUAUAUGCAUCGGAUGUAUUAUCGAUUCACUGCAUUUAUUUUCAACAUUUUUAUCGUCUCUCUCAUUACUAUCUGUAUCCUAACGCAAGACGUUAAAAGACCCACGUCGAACCGUCGGCGACGGUUAACUAACUGACAAACCUCGGGCGUUCUACGCGACCAACGAUCAUUUAUGACCGGAUGAGUCACCCGAGAAAGGGAUGUUAAACUCUGUGGCGAAGGAAAUGGCGUCACAAAGGCGGAUGAACCUAAUAGUAAGGUCAACGGCACUAUUCAUUCUAUACAUGAGGGCUGGUAUCCCAGUAUAGUCUUACCUGCUCGCAGGAAAGCCUACCAAGAAUGCAAUAUGAAAGUACAACAUUUAGCCAGACAAAAGGUCUAAUUUACUGCCAACGAAAUAGCCACCUAUCCGAAAGAUAAAAGGGCUUGGAACAAUCUUAUUGCCGCGUCUCAAAAGCACGACCGAUGAUAAUGAUGGUGACUAUCUGUAUCCAAAAAUAAACGUUUCCAAACUAAUAAAUUAUUUUUUUCACGAUUACUGUUCAAUAAAGCCAAUACAUUUGAUAUUAUUGUUAUCUCAAAAAGUAAAUCAUUCUUAAACUCUUUACAAGCAAAUUGUUUCGGUUUCAAUUCAGUAAAUCACUGAAUGAAUGUAAAUCCGAAAACAUAUCGAAUGAUAGUGACGAUAUUCAUGAACAAUUACUGUAAUCUGCAAUUGAACUAUCAUAGAACCAUCAAUAAUCAACACACCGCUGUACGCCACGGUACCAAUCAUAGCGCGCCACCACAACUGACAUGAAUCACUAUAACUAUUCGAUGCUACACCACUCGCAACAAAAUAAAAUCUUCCCAGCAAAACUAAUCAAAAGAAGUGAAUCUAAACCACCUGAGGAACCAACGUAGAAAACGAGAAGGAAAUUUUUGUCGAGAAACAGAGCGAUGGAGA